AUGGCGGCAGACGGUGACACGGACUCUGCUUAUGCUGAAAGCAUAGGCGCAUACUCCGAAAAUACUGAAGCUUCCUCGAGCGUGUUCGAUUUUCAGUACGAAAAUGGCCGCCGCUACCAUUCGUACAAGGCUGGGCAAUAUUUCGCUCCUAAUGAUGAGCAAGAGCAGGAAAGACUCGACCUCCUUCAUCAUGUCCAAUCCAUGGUCCUCGGCGGAGAGCUCUACAAAGCACCAAUGGCGGCUCCCCAACGCAUUCUUGACAUAGGCACCGGCACUGGAAUUUGGGCAAUCCAAAUGGCCGACAAUUUUCCCAUGGCAGAGGUUGUCGCCACGGAUUUAUCCCCGAUCCAGCCGACUUGGAUUCCGCCCAAUUUGCAAUUUCUCAUAGAUGACUGCGAGGCAGAGUGGACCUUUCAGCGCGGGUUCGAUUUUAUUCGCCUUGGACACAUGGGCGGCAGUAUAGCGGACUGGGAGAAGCUAUUUCAACAGUGCAUGGAAAAUCUCCGGCCUGGAGGAUGGGUGGAAGUUAUCGACUUUGAAGCAUGGGGUAGCACGGACGAUAACAGUCUUUCUGAUAAUUCAUCAUGGCAUACGUGGCAAACGGAACUCAGCAACGCAGCAGAGAAGUUCGGCCGUACGAUGAACAUAAGCCCACAAAUCAAGGGUCUGGUGGACCGAGCAGGGUUUCAAGAUGUGGUUCAUGAAGUUCACAAGGUUCCGCUGUCUCCAUGGCCCAAAGAGCGUCGUCAGAGGGAGCUGGGCCUGAAUAUGAAUAUUAUAAUGACAGAAGCGAUGCAAGCUUACAGUCUGGCGCUGUUCACCAGGGUCCUAGGGUGGGAUCCGGCAGAGGUAGAGGUUCUCCUGGCAGGGGCAAGGAAAGACCUGAACAACCCCGACUACCAUUUAUAUACUCGGUUACAUAUUGUUUAUGGGAGGAAGCCACCAAUACCAGCGCCUGCGAAUUGA